AUGAUCUUAGGUCUACAGUUUGGAAGACAUUGUAAUACUCACUGUUUAAUCACUGCCAUCCUGGUUACUGUUGUUGGUGUGGUGAACGGCUCUACCCAAAUUUCUGUCGACGAGGAUCUGCAGAAUUUAUUGGGUCGUUGUCACAAUCAGUCUGGUGAUGAUUAUAAUAAUUGCAUGAAACAGACGUUUAAUGAUUUGCGUGCCUUUUUCACAACGGGUGUGCCUACUUACAACAUUAAACCCUUUGAUCCACAUCAUUGCGGCUUUGUGGAGCUCCGACGCGGCGACAUACAUGGUCCGGGAAAUUUUAAGUUGAUCUUACGUAACAUUUCGGAAUACGGCUGGUCGCGCUCUGAAGUAACUAAAGUUCACACAGAUACCGAAGAUCAGCGCAUUGUCUAUGCGCAAUAUUUUCCGGAGAAAAGCCUCGAGGGUCAGUACGAGUUCAAGGCCCACAUGCUUGGCGCUGAGUUACGCAGACGCGGCCACUGGAAUAUGACCUUAUACGAUUAUAGUCAAACCACAAGCGUGCAACGCGUGGGCGCUCCAGGUUCGCUGCUCAAGGUGCAUGUGGAGGUGGAUCGAAUAGGUGGAAUGGAGCUCCACAUAGAGAAUCUGCUGGGUCAGCCACUAAAUCAACUCGCUGAUGGUGUUAUAAAUAGCAUGUGGCAGCUGGGAUUACCCUUUGUGCGUCCCAUGAUCAAUGAGCUGGUUAGCUCAGCGUUUACGGAUAUUUUUAACGAAUCCUUUCGUUAUUUUCCACUCGAAAAGUUUCUCAGUUAGUUAAGCAAAAGACUUAGAAUACAUAAAUAUCAACCCUUUUGCG